ACACAACCCAAACCACACUAAGCUAGCCAGCCAGUCAGUCAUAUAAGAUAUUUCCUAGUCACUUCUCUCCCCUACCAGCAAGUUAAAGAGAUGGAGAUGGAAAUGAUGCAAUCCAGAUUCAAGAGGAUUUGUGUGUUCUGUGGGAGUAGUCCGGGAAAGAAGAGCAGUUACCAGGAUGCAGCUAUCGAGCUUGGGCAAGAAUUGGUUUCAAAGGAUAUUGAUUUGGUUUAUGGAGGAGGGAGUAUUGGCUUGAUGGGUUUGAUAUCCCAAGCUGUUUAUGAUGGUGGAAGACAUGUCAUUGGAGUUAUCCCCAAGACCCUCAUGCCUAGAGAGAUUACUGGUGAAACAGUGGGAGAAGUGAAAGCAGUAGCAGACAUGCACUCAAGGAAAGCAGAAAUGGCUAAGCACUCUGAUGCCUUCAUUGCCUUACCCGGUGGAUAUGGGACACUUGAAGAGCUUCUUGAAGUGAUAACAUGGGCUCAGCUUGGCAUUCAUGAUAAACCGGUCGGAUUGUUGAAUGUGGAUGGCUACUACAACUUCUUAUUGUCGUUCAUCGACACUGCUGUGGAAGAAGGUUUCAUUAGUCCAGAUGCGCGUCACAUAAUUGUUUCUGCUCCUACUGCCAAGGAGUUGGUGAAGAAAAUGGAGGAAUAUGUCCCGCGCCAUGAGAGAGUUGCUUCCAAGCUAAGCUGGGAAAGGGAGCAGCUUGGCUACUCCCCAAAGUGUGAUAUCUCAAGGUGAACAAAAACUCAUGGGCACAAAGGGGACGUUCAUGGCCUUCAUUGGUGAAACUAAUUUUUGAUGACUGAAAUGAACCUUCUUCAAAUGGGAUUUCAAUUACUGCAUUUCCCUUUCCAUCUGCUAGCUAGUGUAAGCUGGAAAAAAAAAUAUGACCUCAGCAAAUCAGGUAGCUUGUCUAGUUAGUCUCUUCAAAUGGACUUGGCUUGUACGUAGUUUAUUUUAUUUUUGAUUUUUGGGGUUUAUUGUAAGCUUAAUGUUAAGUAUUCUUCCUGUAUCUUGGG